UGGGGCUCCAUCAGGCGAGUUGCGCUGCCGUCUGUUCGCCGCACGGAGCCUCCGCUUCACAUGAAGCUGAAAGUUGGAGCUUCAUUUGAUGCAGGCAGUUCACAUUAAAAACCUUUGUGGGGUGCUAAGAUUAGCGUCGAAAGUGCAUGUUUCGCCUUAAUCUGACGAAACUACACCCACAAAGGCACGAAUGCGUAUAGUAAAUCGACAAUAACAGUGUAGUAGCUUUAGCAGUCGAUUUUUUACAUUUACAUUAUUAUAUUAGCUGGCUAGCUAUAAUAGCCUGCUAACUAGAAUUGAUAUUGCUAUUAUUGGUUGCUAGCAAGGUACAAAGCUCCGGCGUUCUCUGCAAGCUAGCUACUAGCUAGCAAUUUAGCUUGUUUUAUAUCUAGAACUAAUCUAACCAAAGAGCUGGUUUACAGAUUAAAUUGUUAAAAUGCCGGCGAUGUUAGAGAAGGGUACCGCGGAGAUUUCUGGCAAAAGAAGGGGCAGACAUUCGGUUAAUAACCCUAAUAAUAAAAGUUUUUCAGCUAAUGGGAAUAGCAGCAACUCCUGGGAAGACGGAAGCUCGGGUUCGUCCAGCGAUGAUGAGCACGGUGCUGGGGGCAUGCGUGUCGGGCCUCAGUAUCAAGCCAGCGUGCCAGAUUAUGAUCCAGAGGUGGCGAAGGCCAGUCAAGAGCGUGAGAAUCUGGGCAUGCUGGUGUGGUUCCCCAACCAGAACCUCGCCGAGGCCAAACUGGACGAGUACAUCGCCAUCGCUAAAGAAAGACAUGGCUACAACAUGGAGCAGGCUCUGGGAAUGCUUUUCUGGCACAAGCACAACAUAGAGAAGUCGCUGGCGGACCUGCCCAACUUCACGCCGUUCCCGGACGAGUGGACGGUGGAGGACAAGGUGCUGUUUGAGCAGGGCUUCGGUUUCCACGGCAAAACCUUCCACCGCAUCCAGCAGAUGCUGCCAGAUAAGUCCAUUGCCAGCCUGGUGAGGUUCUACUACUCGUGGAAGAAAACGCGCAGCAAGACCAGCGUGAUGGACCGCCACGCCCGCAAACACAAGAGAGACCGGGAGGAGAGCGAGGAUGAGAUGGAGGAGAACGGUGGGAGUUCCCCCAGUGACCUGGAGUACGACCCCAACAAGGAGGAGAAGAAAGAGAGUGGACCUGCACCAGAAAAACCUGAACCCAAACCUGUGCCCCCUCCAAAGCCAGCACAUGUGAAGAAAGAGCCUCUGGGCCCCCCAGGAAAGCAUCCGCACCGCGCCAAGAAGAAGCCCCCGAAAGGCAUGCACCUGACGCAGGCCGACGUGUCCGCCAUGUCCUCCAGCACCCCCGCCGCCGUCGGCGUCCUGCGCCAGCUUGACAUGGAGCUCGUCUCCAUCAAACGGCAGAUCCAGAGCAUUAAACAGACUAAUAGUGCCUUGCGGGAGAAGCUGGAGGUGGGAGUGGAUAUGUACCGACUGCCAGAGGUGACCCAGAAGUUUAACGCUCGAUGGACCACAGAGGAGCAGCUCCUGGCUGUGCAAGCCAUCAGGAAGUAUGGGCGGGACUUCCAGGCCAUCUCUGACGUGAUUGGUAACAAGUCAGUGGUGCAGGUGAAGAACUUCUUUGCAAACUACCGGCGGCGCUUCAACCUGGACGAGGUGCUGCAGGAGUGGGAGGCGGAGCAUGGGGGCGAGGCAGCCAAUAGCACGGAGGAAGAGAAGAUGGACCUGUCACCUGAGGAGGGCGUGGCAGUGACUAAACUGCCAGAGGAGCAAGAGGAGGUAUCUGCCCCAGUGGACUCACCUUUCCCAUCAGCCUCCUGAAGCCCACUGACUCCGCCCCGAAGCUCGCUGACUCCGCCCAUGGGGUGACACGCCCGCCUGUCUGGAUUUCCCUCCCAGCCAUCGUCUGAACAAAAGCAGCAGCACCAAAUAAAGCACCUGUUUCCAUGGAGACAGACUGUCUGCCCAAACACCGUGCUGCCAACAGAGGGCAGCACCUCCCCUCAGCUCCCAAAUUCGUAUAAACACACACGCAGACAAACACACACACACACCUGCGCAGAGACACGCACGCACACACACACACUGCAUACACACACGCACGCACGCACACACAGACAUACACACACGCGCAAACACUCGCACACAUACACACUUGCAGACACACUCACACACACACUGCAUACACACACACUCAAACACACACACUGCAUACACACACACACUCAAACACAUACACACACACACACACACACAUCCACGCAUGCACGCGCACAUACACACACACACACACACACACACACACAUGCACGCGCACGUGCGUGCAGACAGACACACAUAUAUGCACACGCCCGCACACAUGUAUAUCCCAUAUUUGGACAGUGGUAUAAUUAUGUAGUUGUGGCUCUGUAUUCCAGCACAUUGGAUUUGAAAUGAAAUAAUGAAUAUGAGUACUCUACCUGACUCUUUUUACAGCACAUUGGAUUUGAAAUGAAAUAAUGAAUAUGAGUGCUCUACCUGACUCUUUACUUUUUAUUGACUCUAACCCGACUGUUCCUUUCUCAAUGCUUAUCAGGGGUUUGCAUCUUGUGGUGACCCCCCUGAGGUUAUGCUGGUGUCGUCUUCUCUUUAUGGUAAUCUUUGACACAUCUAUGCCUACUUCCUGGGGGGGUCUUCUUGAUUCGUUUCACAGUUGAAAAGGGGUUUUUCUUCGUAAUAGAAAGUAUUAUUAAAUCAUCCACUACAGUGGUCUUCUGUGGUCUACCAGGUUGUUUGCAAUUGCUGAGCUCACCAGGGCAUUCUUGCUUCUUAAGAAUGUACUGAGCAGGUAAUUUUGACACUCCCAGUGUUUGGGCUGUCAGUCUAUCUUGAUCAAGCUAUUGAUCAAUUUCAAUCUCAGCCUUGGGAUGACUGAGUGCAAAUGCCCCACCUAGAAUCAAGCCUGGACGUUCUCUUCGCUUUCUUGUGAAUGAGCUAAUGUUGCAGUGACACACAGAUGGCCAAGAAACAGCUGAGCAGCCCAGCUGUCCAAUUACUUUUGCUCCCCCCAAACGAGGGGACUGUAUAAAAGGAGCUGUAAUUCCUACACUGAUCACCCUGUAUGGAUGUGAAAACCCUCAAAGCUGACAGUUUGCACUUUAACCACAUCUUCAUCACUUCAUUCCAAUGUGCUGAAGUGCAGAGUCACUGUCCAAAGACUUAGACGGCAGUGUGUGUGCGGGCUCAUGCCUAUGGGCACGUGUGCAUAUUUAUGUGCGUGCAUGCAUGUGUGUGUUUUUAAGUUGAGGUCAGAGGUGAUUGGACAGGACUGCCUGUGUUUGCGCAAAGCUGCUCCAGCUGUUUGAGCUGGAAGCAGGUGUCAGUCACAGGCCAGGUCUGUGUGGGUAGUUAGGAGGCGGGGCCAGUGGUGGCUGUGGGUGGGGCUUACCGGGCUGGUCUGUGUGGGCAGUUAGGAGGUGGGGCCAGUGGUGGCUGUGGGUGGAGCUAGGAGAUGGGUGGGGCUCACCAGGCUGGUCUGUGUGGGCAGUUAGGAGGCGGGGCCAGUGGUGGCUGUGGGUUAAGCUGGGCAGCCCUUUCUGGGAUGUGUGCCCUGCUCUCUGGCCUCAGCCCUGUGCCCUACACACACACACACACACACUCACUCACAGCCACACAAACAGACCUGCACACACACACACACAUACACACUCUCUCACUCACAACCACACAAACAGACCUGCACACACACUCACUCACUCACUGCUGAGCACUCAGAUUUCCUGUAGCUGUGGCUAAGUCACUGGUUCAUUAACCACUAAUGGGUGGAACUACAAUUAUCUGUCAAUCACUAAGACCUUAGAGUCAUUCAAAAGAUUUCAUCACCUACAAAAUGCGAUUAUUGGAUAUUGUAGCCCCGUCCCAUUGUGCCCCGUCCCAUGACCCCCUCCCUCCUCUGCCCCCCUCCCUGCAGAAGUAUUGUGCAUGGAGCUUCACCUUCUCACACCUGUCUGACACAGCCGUGACAUCCAUCGUUAAGACUUACCUUGGGCGUCUUUAGCACACAGCAGCAUACAGUGGUUCCACAGGGUCAAAAAUAACUCUCUUUGAGUGUCGGUUAAAGCUGAACCCGUUCGCCCAAUCGCAGCGCUGUCGUCUGAACGGAGACAAUGUAAUCAAUGUUACACCUGGAUAGCCAGGUCAGUUGAGCUGGAAAUCAGUUCUAAGAAGCCAUGAACUUUUCUCGACUGUUUCUGCAGCGUGUGCAGAACGGAUCAGCAGUCGUCUAUGCAUGAGUCCCGGGGAGUUUACAUUUCUGCGCUUCUGAGAGUCGUAUGUGGAUAACUGUCUUGUUUGAAGAUUAAGUUGAGCUUUAUUUUAUUUUAAGCUAUAUAUAGGCUUUUAUAAAUUACAUUACAGCUUUUAGAGUUAAUUCCUCUGCCCCAUCUCCAUUGUUUAAUGUUCAGAUGUUUUUGUUGGUUCAGGUUUGUGUAAUCCUACACAUUCUGUGGGUGAAGGUGUGAAAGUGUUUUUUUUAUUUUAAAUCAACAUUGGUUAAUUACGUAAAUGUAAUGUAAAUUUACAGUAAAUUCCGAAUCUAAAAAAACCUAUGUUGGUUAUUGCGCUCUUAAUUUUUACCCCAGAGUUCUAAAUGCAAAGUUAUUAAUAAAAAUCUCUCUUGGUGAA